AUGAUGACUGAAGUCACAUUAAACCAAGAAGAUCACUCCUACAUGUUUGAUGAUGAUGAUGAUGAUGAUGAAUCCACACCAGUGAAGGCUUGUAGCGAGUCGAGUUAUCAUGUCACACUCACAACAGAUGAAACAAUCAAGAAGCUGAAAGUGCAAAGAGAGACACGCUCUUCUGUAAAGAGACGUCGAAUGUUACAGUUCAAAGACCAGCCUAUGGAAACAACUCUUUUCAGCAGUGAGAGUUUCUCUUCAAUCUUAAGAUCAAGCGCUAGAGAGGAAACAUUUGAUGAGCUUAUAGAAGAUGCUUCUGCCUCAAGCUUCAAUGGCCUUGAUCUGUAUGCUGACUACUUAAAUGAUGCCGAAACACCAACUCUACCUGAUGACUUAAGCUUUGAAUCUAACGAUGUCCAUGUAGAUAUUUCAGAGUAUCUAAAUCUGCCACCAGAAACAGAAACCAAGGAAGUUAGGAGGCCAGUGACUCGUUCUUCUCCAAAUGUUAUAUUUAAAGCAGGUAGAAAAUCUAGUGCAAGACCAGUUCCAAAGCUAGCAUCGUCUAUCAUCUAUCCAUUUGCAUUUAUCAAACCGAGUGGUGUUCAUGGAGACAUGACUCUCAAGGACAUAAACCAGAAAAUCCGAACUCCACCAGCAAAACCAAUGGAAAAUAAAGCAGAGCCUCCAGUGUUACAAACUUCAGAAUUCUCUGGGAAACCUGUAGUUGGAAAGACUAAGAUCCGCACAGAAGGAGGAAGAGGAAGCAUCACUAUAAUGAGGACGAGAGGCUAA